GUAUAUGAACACUAAAGAGAUACACACACACAAAAAGAGAGCAGAAACAAAACACACACACUUAAAGCUUUCGUCUUUACCUCUUCCCUUCUCUCUCUCUAUCUAAAAAGAGUUCCGAGAAGAAGAUCAUCAUCAAUGGCGACUUCUCUCUUCUUCAUGUCAACAGAUCAAAACUCCGUCGGAAACCCAAACGAUCUUCUGAGAAACACCCGUCUUGUCGUCAACAGCUCCGGCGAGAUCCGGACAGAGACACUGAAGAGUCGUGGUCGGAAACCAGGAUCGAAGACAGGUCAGCAAAAACAGAAGAAACCAACGUUGAGAGGAAUGGGUGUAGCAAAGCUCGAGCGUCAGAGAAUCGAAGAAGAAAAGAAGCAACUCGCCGCCGCCACAGUCGGAGACACGUCAUCAGUAGCAUCGAUCUCUAACAACGCUACCCGUUUACCCGUACCGGUAGACCCGGGUGUUGUGCUACAAGGCUUCCCAAGCUCACUCGGGAGCAACAGGAUCUAUUGUGGUGGAGUCGGGUCGGGUCAGGUUAUGAUCGACCCGGUUAUUUCUCCAUGGGGUUUUGUUGAGACCUCCUCCACUACUCAUGAGCUCUCUUCAAUCUCAAAUCCUCAAAUGUUUAACGCUUCUUCCAAUAAUCGCUGUGACACUUGCUUCAAGAAGAAACGUUUGGAUGGUGAUCAGAAUAAUGUAGUUCGAUCCAACGGUGGUGGAUUUUCGAAAUACACAAUGAUUCCUCCUCCGAUGAACGGCUACGAUCAGUAUCUUCUUCAAUCAGAUCAUCAUCAGAGGAGCCAAGGUUUCCUUUAUGAUCAUAGAAUCGCUAGAGCAGCUUCAGUUUCUGCUUCUAGUACUACUAUUAAUCCUUAUUUCAACGAGGCAACAAAUCAUACGGGACCAAUGGAGGAAUUUGGGAGCUACAUGGAAGGAAACCCUAGAAAUGGAUCAGGAGGUGUGAAGGAGUACGAGUUUUUUCCGGGGAAAUAUGGUGAAAGAGUUUCAGUGGUGGCUAAAACGUCGUCACUCGUAGGUGAUUGCAGUCCUAAUACCAUUGAUUUGUCCUUGAAGCUUUAAAUGUUUUAUCUUUCUAUAUUGAUUUAAACAAAAUCGUCUCUUUAAAGAAAAAACAUUUUAAGUAGAUGAAAGUAAGAAACAGAAGAAAAAAAAGAGAGAGCCUUUUUUGGUGUAUGCAUCUGAGAGCUGAGUCGAAAGAAAGAUUCAGCUUUUGGAUUACCCUUUUGGUUGUUUAUUAUGAGAUUCUAACCUAAACACUCAGACAUAUAUGUUCUGUUCUCUUCCUUAAUUGUUGUCAUGAAACUUCUC